AUUUGUUAGCGGCUCCGCUCUCUCUGUCUGCCAGGCAACUCCUCCUUGUGACACAUUUUUCAAACAGGAAAUGGGAGUAGAGUUAGACUCUGGUAGGGGGUGACUUGCUCUUUAAUAGACGUUCAUACCAAAUAAAUUAAUAAAAAGAUUUGGUUGUACAUCUGAGCCAAACACAAAAUGCCAACAUGGCCAUAUUUCACGAGUGUUUGUUUUUUGUUUUAGAUUGCACUCUGCCACUUCUUCUUCAACAUCAUGGGAAUCCUACUUUGGUAUCCAAUCCCCUUCAUGUGGGUGCCCAUCAGGCUAGCCAGAGGUCUGGGGAACAAAACAGCUAAAUACCGCUGGUCUGCUGCCCUCUACCUCUUCUUGUGUUUUGUAAUUCUACCUCUCAGUGUAUUUGGCCUUUCAUUGGCUGGCUGGCAAGUUGUGGUUGGCAUUGGUGUGCCUGUAAUUGCGUUAAUUGUCGUGGUUAUCAUCAUCAAUGUUAUGCAGUCUCGAUGCCCACGCUAUCUUCCAAAGGUCCUCCGCACCUGGGACUUUUUGCCUCAACCCCUUCACUCCACGGCUCCCAUGGACAGGGUGGUGACUUUGUCCAUGCUGUUUUGUGGCAGACACUGCUGCUACUGUUGCAGAUCCAGCACCUGCUGCAGAAAAGACAAUAAUGAGGAAAAGAUCUCGAGGAUAAACAUGAAAGGUCUAGAGAUGUACAAGAACUCGGUCUUGACUACAGAUAAAAACAUAAACACGAGUGUUAUAGCAACUCACCUUUAAUGUCAUAAGGUUAAAAUGUUAUCAAUCAAUCAAUCAAUCAAUCAAAAAACUUUAAUCAUCCCCGAGAGGCAAUUGUUUCAGUACAGAAGAAUUGGUACUGUGGUCAUUCGCAACAAGAGUCGCGCUACCGUUAGAUAAUAGAUGAAGAGGGGAUUACAUGAGGAGAAUUGGGGGAGGGAAAAAAGGCCGAGCAGAGUUACACCCAGCAGGGAGUAGCUCUGCUAUGCAAAAAAACACCUCAACAUGUAAGCACGAACGUCACAGUUCACAACA